AUCCUAAAUUUUUGAACGGAAAAACCAAUUUCAAAUAACACCAGUUUCGAUUGCGGUUUUCUCCGGCGACGUCCUCGGCGAUUUCCUUCCGUCGACGUCGAGUUGCAAGUUUCCUCUAUAUCUGAUUCUGAUAUUCAGUUGAAAAAACCCUAAAUCCUUUUCCUAAUGUGAAGUGUCAAAAUAGCAACUGUGAAUUUGCUCACAACAAGAUUGUUUUUGUUUUCAGAUAAAAAGAGGCAUUGAUGAAACCCCAUUCGGCAUGGGGUUCACUGAAGAACCCAGUGAAGUUCAAGAUUCCAACAGCCGAGAAUCUUGUUCCUAUCCGUCUCGACAUCGAAAUUGAUGGCCAAAGAUUUAGAGAUGCUUUUACUUGGAACCCAAAUGAUCCUGACUCAGAGGUGGUGGUGUUUGCAAAGAGAACUGUGAAGGAUUUGAAACUUCCUCCUGCUUUUGUCACUCAGAUAGCGCAAUCCAUUCAGUCACAAUUGACAGAAUUUCGGUCAUACGAAGGACAAGAUAUGCACACUGGCGAGAGAGUUGUUCCUAUCAAGCUUGAUCUCCGAGUAAAUCACACAGUUAUCAAGGAUCACUUUUUCUGGGACUUGAACAAUUUUGAGAGUGAUCCUGAAGAGUUUGCACGGACAUUUUGUAAAGAUAUGGGAAUUGAAAACCCAGAAGUUGGACCUGCGAUUGCGAUAGCAAUUAGAGAACAACUUUAUGAGAUUGCAAUGCAAAGUGUUGCAUCAGCGAGAGAAAGCAGGGCAAAUAAGAAAGGACGCAGAGGAAUGGAACAUCUCUCAGCCAGUAAAAUAGGUUUGCCUGCAUUGGACCUGGUGAAGCUAUUUGGCAUUAAAUCAAGUGUCAUCCGGAAAAAGAGGGACUGGGAUGUAUAUGAACCAAUUGUCGAUCUCCUAUCAAAUGAAGAGGUGGAUGCCCUUGAGGCUAGAGAAGAGAGGCAUGCUCGAUGAUGCAGAUAGUGUCUGUUGGAAUGGAUACCAGCAGUUAAAAGGAUAAUUUUGUUCAAGUUUUAGAAUGAUGAAAUGAAACUAGUUCCUAGUCAUAGUAUGUUCAGAUUUUUGCAUUGAUCUGGAGAGAUUACAGUUGUGUUUGUCAAAAGAAUAUGGAACAAUACUUUUGUGCUAAUUCAUUAGUAGCUGUUUCUCUA